AUGGCUACCAAUGAAGUCAUUAACUACUUUGAGCACCGUCUCUCAGAGCUGAGGAUUCUGCUAGUGGGAAAUGUUGAGUCUGGGAAGAGUUCAGCAGGAAACACCAUCCUGAACAGAGAGGAGUUUGAGUUAAAGAGAACUGCUCAGUGUGUGAAGAGACAGAGAGAAGUAGCAGGGAGACACAUCACUGUAGUCAACACACCAGAAUGGAAAAGGACAAAAAUUGGAUUCGAACCAAGACUAUUUAAAGAGGAGAUGGUGCUUGGUGUGUCUAUGUGUCCUCCAGGACCUCAUGCUGUACUGUUAGUGGUGACGUUGAAUGAAAAAUUCAGAAACAGUGACAGAAAUGAGAUAGCAAAGAACCUGGAGCUUUUGCAAGAAAAGGCCUGGAGUCACACUAUAGUGCUGUUCACCUAUGGGGACUGUCUGGGAGACACACCCAUAGAGCAGCACAUUGAGAGUGAAGGGAAGGAGCUCCAGUGGCUGGUUGAGAAAUGUGGGAACAGGUAUCAUGUUCUCAACAAUAAGAACAGGAGUGAUGACACUCAGGUCACAGAGCUGCUGGAGAAGAUAGAGGAGAUGGUGGCAGCAAACAGUGGACGCCAUUUUGAACUGGACAGAAAGAUUCUACGGGAGGUGGAAGAGAAGAGGAAAGAGUAUAAAGACAGAGGGCAGAUGAGGCUGAUGAAGGUGAAAGAAGAAAGAAAAGCCCUCAGAGCCAAGAUGGGUAAAACACUCCAUCUCCCAGAAAUGAGAAUUGUACUGUUGGGGUGCAGAUAUUCUGGAAAGAGUUCAACAGGAAACACCAUCUUGAACAGAGAGGAGUUUGAGUUAAAAAGCACUCCUCAGUGUGUGAAGAGAGAAGCAAUAGUUUUAGGGAAAAAUGUAACUGUAGUUCAGGCUCCAGGAUGGUGGACACAAACACCUAGUGACUUCACGUCCAAACUCACUAAAGAGGAGAUUUUGCUGAGCCUGUCACACUGUCACCCAGGACCCCAUGCUCUACUGAUACUUGUUAAUCUCACUGCAUCAUUGAAAGACAGUCUGCUAAAGUCUGUCACUGAACAUCUGUUCCUUCUCACUGAGACGGUAUGGAAUCACGCUAUAGUGCUGUUCACUCAUGGAGACUGGCUGGGAGACACACCCAUAGAGCAGCACAUUGAGAGUGAAGGGAAGGAGCUCCAGUGGCUGGUUGAGAAAUGUGGGAACAGGUAUCUUGUUCUCAACAAUGAGAACAGGAGUGAUGACACUCAGGUCACAGAGCUGCUGGAGAAGAUAGAGGAGAUGGUGGCAGCAAACAGUGGACGCCAUUUUGAAAUGGACAGAAAGAUUCUACGGGAGGUGGAAGAGAAGAGGAGAGCAGAGGAAGAGAGAGCAAAAGAGAGGAUGAUAAAAAAACAGAGACAGAAACUAGAGAAAAAAUCACAUUUGUGUGACUCACAGCGUCUCUCAGAGCUGAGGAUUGUGCUGCUGGGGUACAGAAAUGCUGGGAAGAGUUCAGCAGGAAACACCAUCCUGAACAGAGAGGAGUUUGAGUUAAAGAGAACUGCUCAGUGUGUGAAGAGACAGAGAGAAGUAGCAGGGAGACACAUCACUGUGGUUGAAGCUCCAGGAUGGUGGAGGAAUAAACCUGUAGAGGAGAACACUGAGUUACUGAAACAGGAGAUUGUGCUAAGUGUGUCUCUGUGUCCUCCAGGACCUCACUGUCUGCUGCUGGUACUUGAAGCACCUUGUUCUUUGACUAAAUUCAUGAGAGAUUCAUUCGAAGGACAUCUGAAUCUUCUCUCUGAUACAGUGUGGAGUCACACUAUAGUGCUGUUCACCUGUGGAGACUGUCUGGGAGACACACCCAUAGAGAGGCACAUUGAGAGUGAAGGGAAGGAGCUCCAGUGGCUGGUUGAGAAAUGUGGGAACAGGUAUCAUGUUCUCAACAAUGAGAACAGGAGUGAUGACACUCAGGUCACAGAGCUGCUGGAGAAGAUAGAGGAGAUGGUGGCAGCAAACAGUGGACGCCAUUUUGAAAUGGACAGAAAGAUUCUCCAGGAGGUGGAAGAGAAGAGGAGAGCAGAGGAAGAGAGAGCUAAAGAGAGGAUGAUGAAGGUGCAGAAACAGAGAGAAGACCUCAGAUCACUAAUGAGUGAUGCACAGCGUCUCUCAGAGCUGAGGAUUGUGCUGCUGGGGGACAGAUAUUCUGGGAAGAGUUCAGCAGGAAACACCAUCCUGAACAGAGAGGAGUUUGAGUUAAAGAGAACUGCUCAGUGUGUGAAGAGACAGAGAGAAGUAGCAGGGAGACACAUCACUGUGGUUGAAGCUCCAGGAUGGUGGAGGAAUAAACCUGUAGAGGAGAGCACUGAGUUACUGAAACAGGAGAUUGUGCUCAGUGUGUCUCUGUGUCCUCCAGGACCUCACUGUCUGCUGCUGAUCAUACGUGGAGACUCCAUAUUUAGAGAGAAGGAGAGAACAGCCUUAUUGGGAUACCUGAAACUUCUCACUGAUACAGUGUGGAGUGACACUAUAGUGCUGUUCACCUGUGGAGACUGUCUGGGAGACACACCCAUAGAGCAGCACAUUGAGAGUGAAGGGAAGGAGCUCCAGUGGCUGGUUGAGAAUUGUGGGAACAGGUAUCAUGUUCUCAACAAUAAGAACAGGAGUGAUGACACUCAGGUCACAGAGCUGCUGGAGAAGAUAGAGGAGAUGGUGGCAGCAAACAGUGGACGCCAUUUUGAACUGGACAGAAAGAUUCUACGGGAGGUGGAAGAGAAGAGGAGAGCAGAGGAAGAGAGAGCUAAAGAGAGGAUGAUGAAGGUGCAGAAACAGAGAGAAGACCUCAGAUCACUAAUGAGUGAUGCACAGCGUCUCUCAGAGCUGAGGAUUGUGCUGCUGGGAGACAGAUAUUCUGGGAAGAGUUCAGCAGGAAACACCAUCCUGAACAGAGAGGAGUUUGAGAUAAAGAGAGCUGCUCAGUGUGUGAAGAGACAGAGAGAAGUAGCAGGGAGACACAUCACUGUGGUUGAAGCUCCAGGAUGGUGGAGGAAUGAACCUGUAGAGAGGAGCACUGAGUUACUGAAACAGGAGAUUGUGUUCAGUGUGUCUCUGUGUCCUCCAGGACCUCACUGUCUGCUGCUGGUACUUGAAGCACCUUGUUCUUUGACUAAAUUCAUGAGAGAUUCAUUCAAGGGACAUCUGAAUCUUCUCUCUGAUUCAGUGUGGAAUCACACUAUAGUGCUGUUCACCUGUGGAGACUGUCUGGGAGACACACCCAUAGAGCAGCACAUUGAGAGUGAAGGGAAGGAGCUCCAGUGGCUGGUUGAGAAAUGUGGGAACAGGUAUCAUGUUCUCAACAAUAAGAACAGGAGUGAUGACACUCAGGUCACAGAGCUGCUGGAGAAGAUAGAGGAGAUGGUGGCAGCAAACAGUGGAUGCCAUUUUGAAAUGGACAGAAAGAUUCUCCAGGAGGUGGAAGAGAAGAGGAGAGCAGAGGAAGAGAGAGCUAAAGAGAGGAUGAUGAAGGUGCAGAAACAGAGAGAAGACCUCAGAUCACACAUGUGUGACUCUCACCGUCUCUCAGAGCUGAGGAUUGUGCUGCUGGGGUACAGAGAUGCUGGGAAGAGUUCAGCAGGAAACACCAUCCUGAACAGAGAGGAGUUUGAGUUAAAGAGAACUGCUCAGUGUGUGAAGAGACAGAGAGAAGUAGCAGGGAGACACAUCACUGUGGUUGAAGCUCCAGGAUGGUGGAGGAAUAUACCUGUAGAGAGGAGCACUGAGUUACUGAAACAGGAGAUUGUGCUCAGUGUGUCUCUGUGUCCUCCAGGACCUCACUGUCUGCUGCUGAUCAUACGUCUGGGCAUCAUGUUUAAAGAGAACUAUAGAAACAUAUUAGACGGACACCUGAAACAUCUCACUGAUACAGUGUGGAGUCACACUAUAGUGCUGUUCACCUGUGGAGACUGUCUGGGAGACACACCCAUAGAGCAGCACAUUGAGAGUGAAGGGAAGGAGCUCCAGUGGCUGGUUGAGAAUUGUGGGAACAGGUAUCAUGUUCUCAACAAUAAGAACAGGAGUGAUGACACUCAGGUCACAGAGCUGCUGGAGAAGAUAGAGGAGAUGGUGGCAGCAAACAGUGGACGCCAUUUUGAAAUGGACAGAAAGAUUCUCCAGGAGGUGGAAGAGAAGAGGAGAGCAGAGGAAGAGAGAGCUAAAGAGAGGAUGAUGAAGGUGCAGAAACAGAGAGAGCACAUCAGAUCAUGGAUGCGUGACUCUCACCGUCUCUCAGAGCUGAGGAUUGUGCUGCUGGGGUACAGAUAUGCUGGGAAGAGUUCAGCAGGAAACACCAUCCUGAACAGAGAGGAGUUUGAGUUAAAGAGAACUGCUCAGUGUGUGAAGAGACAGAGAGAAGUAGCAGGGAGACACAUCACUGUGGUUGAAGCUCCAGGAUGGAGGUGGAAUACACCAGUAGAGGAGAGCACUGAGUUACUGAAACAGGAGAUUGUGCUCAGUGUGUCUCUGUGUCCUCCAGGACCUCAUGCUGUACUACUGAUCAUACGUGGUGACUGUGUUUUUAAAAAAUACAAUAAAAAAAUAAUAAUUGGAUAUUUGGAGCUUCUUACUAAGAAAGUGUGGAGUCACACUAUAGUGCUGUUCACCUAUGGAGACUGGCUGGGAGACACACCCAUAGAGCAGCACAUUGAGAGUGGAGGGAAGGAGCUCCAGUGGCUGGUUGAGAAUUGUGGGAACAGGUAUCAUGUUCUCAACAAUAAGAACAGGAGUGAUGACACUCAGGUCACAGAGCUGCUGGAGAAGAUAGAGGAGAUGGUGGCAGCAAACAGUGGACGCCAUUUUGAAAUGGACAGAAAGAUUCUACAGGAGGUGAAACAGAAGAGGAGAGCAGAGGAAGAGAGAGUUAAAGAGAGGAUGAUGAAGGUGCAGAAACAGAGAGAGCACAUCAGAUCAUGCAUGGGUGACUCUCACCGUCUCUCAGAGCUGAGGAUUGUGCUGCUGGGGGACAGAUAUGCUGGGAAGAGUUCAGCAGGAAACACCAUCCUGAACAGAGAGGAGUUAAAGAGAACUGCUCAGUGUGUGAAGAGACAGAGAGAAGUAGCAGGGAGACACAUCACUGUGGUUGAAGCUCCAGGAUGGUGGAUUAAUGAACCUGUAGAGGAGAGCACUGAGUUACUGAAACAGGAGAUUGUGCUCAGUGUGUCUCUGUGUCCUCCAGGACCUCACUGUCUGCUGCUGAUCAUACGUGGUGACUGUGUUUUUAAAAAAUACAAUAAAAAAAUAAUAAUUGGAUAUUUGGAGCUUCUUACUAAGAAAGUGUGGAGACACACUAUAGUGCUGUUCACCUGUGGAGACUGUCUGGGAGACACACCCAUAGAGCAGCACAUUGAGAGUGGAGGGAAGGAGCUCCAGUGGCUGGUUGAGAAAUGUGGGAACAGGUAUCAUGUUCUCAACAAUGAGAACAGGAGUGAUGACACUCAGGUCACAGAGCUGCUGGAGAAGAUAGAGGAGAUGGUGGCAGCAAACAGUGGACGCCAUUUUGAAAUGGACAGAAAGAUUCUCCAGGAGGUGGAAGAGAAGAGGAGAGCAGAGGAAGAGAGAGCUAAAGAGAGGAUGAUGAAGGUGCAGAAACAGAGAGAGCACAUCAGAUCAUGCAUGGAUGACUCACACCGUCUCUCAGAGCUGAGGAUUGUGCUGCUGGGGGACAGAAAUGCUGGGAAGAGUUCAGCAGGAAACACCAUCCUGAACAGAGAGGAGUUUGAGUUAAAGAGUGCUGCUCAGUGUGUGAAGAGACAGAGAGAAGUAGCAGGGAGACACAUCACUGUGGUUGAAGCUCCAGGAUGGUGGAUUAAUGAACCUGUAGAGGAGAGCACUGAGUUACUGAAACAGGAGAUUGUGCUCAGUGUGUCUCUGUGUCCUCCAGGACCUCAAGCUGUACUGCUGGUCAUACGUGGUGACUGUGAUUUUAAAAACUACAAUAAAAAAAUAAUAAUUGGAUAUUUGGAGCUUCUUACGAAGAAAGUGUGGAGUCACACUAUAGUGCUGUUCACCUGUGGAGACUGUCUGGGAGACACACCCAUAGAGCAGCACAUUGAGAGUGAAGGGAAAGGGCUCCAGUGGCUGGUUGAGAAAUGUGGGAACAGGUAUCAUGUUCUCAACAAUGAGAACAGGAGUGAUGACACUCAGGUCACAGAGCUGCUGGAGAAGAUAGAGGAGAUGGUGGCAGCAAACAGUGGACGCCAUUCUGAAAUGGACAGAAACAUCAUACAGGAGGUGAAACAGAAGAGGAGAGCAGAUGAAGAGAGAGCUGAAGAGAGGAUGAUGAAAGCACAGGGACAGAAAGAGCAUAUCGGAUCAUGGAUGGGUGAGUGUUGUUAUUACCAGAAUUAGAAUAAAU